AAUGUUGCGGUACAGCAGAAGAAAAGAAGGGGAAAUCGUCCAUAGUAGACAUGCCAUAAAGCAAGAAAGUAGGGAAUGUCAGGUUCUGUGGAAAAUACUUUCAAGAAAGAAAGAUCCAUGGUUGAUCUUCAGACAGGCACAGGAUAACAUUCUUGGUUAUAAUCUACACUUAUAAAACAGUGCUUCGAUCAGUUCUCAUUAUUUCCUUUUCCAUUAAGAGUCUGUUUGCUCUGGGUAAAUGGAUUCCAUUAGUGGAAGAGUGAAAGAGAUUAUAAGCAGUCGCUUGCAGGCAAUUGCGAAAGAGAUUAAGCCCCUAACUAGCGUGUCCAACGAUGCCGAGCGCCUCCGCAAUGAGAUAGAUCGUGUGAAGGGCAUAGUCGAUCAAAUUAACAGUGGGUUAAGUUGAAAAGGUCUACAGCCUUUGGCAGUAGUGAGGCACUUGAUAAACACACAAGAGCGAAUCGUUAAAUCUGCUGAAGAGGUGUUUCUCCAUUACGAAGAAAACAAGCACCGUCGCUUGUGUUGUUGCUGCCCUCACUGUUUGCUUGUCAAAAGAUCCAGUCAAAAGAUUAGUAGUGCUCUAGCGGAAAUAGAUGGGCUUCUGAAGAUGAAAGAUUCAAAUUUUCCUAAGAAUGGAGACCUUGGAGAGCCUCCGGAGACGCUGCUGCAGCCCAUGCGGAACGAGCUGGUAGGCGCAUUUGUUCAGGAAAAGCUGUCGGAACUGGAGACGUGGGUACUGGAAGAUGACUCUGUUCGUAUCGUUGGUGUGCAUGGAAUGCCCGGCUUGGGAAAGACGUCCCUGCUCAAACAAAUCAACAACAAUGAAAAGGUACUCAAUUUCUUUAAGCUUGUGAUUUGGGUUACAGUGUCCAGAGAAUCCGAUAUCUCUGCGCUCCAGAGGCGUAUUUUUGAGAGAAUUGAGUUGCCUUGGCGUUCCAAUUGGAGCAUUGACGUAGCUGCAGGGGUGUUGCAUUCGGUUUUCAAGGACAGGCGACUGCUGCUCAUUUUGGACGAUGUACGGACAAGCAUAGAUGUUUCACAUUUGGGAAUUUCUCUUUCUGAGGAUACUAUAAAAGUUGUAGUGACUUCUAGGGAUAAAGAGGUGUGCAGGAACAUGAGAGCAGACAAGAUGAUCGCAAUGAAGCAUAUGUCGGAGGAAGAAGGUUGGGAGCUUUUCUGCAGAGGAGCCUUCGUAGCUGGUGAGGAUCAGAGUACAGAUAGCGAGAUAGAGAGCUUGGCCAGAAGCAUUGCAAAAGAGUGUAAAGGGCAUCCCCUCACAAUCAAAACGCUUGCUCGGACAAUGCCGCAGCUUCACAGAAGUGCCAGGUCGGAAUGGGAAUGCAUUCUGAAGGAGCUUAAGGCGAUUGAUCCCCAGUUUCAUCGCAUUGAUGAAGAAAUUCUGAGGGAAUUAUUCGCGCCGCUGAAGCACAGCUACGAUGCUCUGGAAACAGAUAAGCUCAGGCUUUGUUUCCUGUACUUGGCAACUUAUACAGAAGACGAGGAAAUCGACGCUGAUCAAUUGAUACAAUUGUGGUUGGCAGAGGGCCUAGUGAAAAACAAAUUUGAAGGGCGCUACGUUUUUCUCAAGAUCCUUGCGGACCGAUGUAUGAUCGACAUUGAGAUGAAAGAGGAAAACGGGCUCGAUAUUUGGAAAGUGAAAAUCCAUGAUUUGCUCAGAGAUAUGGCGAUACACAUCGCUGAGAUCGACCAGAAUAGCUUGUUCCGUGCAGGUCAGAAUUUAACUUGGUUUCCAUCCUUUGCAAGGGCAAUAUCUGUGAGGAUAUCACUGAUGCAUAACCGUAUCAGAUCUGUACCUGAAAAUUUUGAUUGCACGAAGCUGGUGACUCUGUUGUUGAGCUGGAAUACGAUUGAAGAGAUUCCGGAGGGCUUUCUGGAGUACCUGUAUAUGUUAAUGGUGCUUGAUCUCAGCAACAGGCCCAUCAAAUUCUUGCCAAAGUCCAUCCAACGUUUGAACGAUCUCCUGUAUCUCCAGCUUUCCAAUACCCAGAUUAGGGUACUCCUUGAUCAAGCAUUUGAGCUGGGUAGGGUGCAGUUUUUAGAUCUUUCUUUCUCCCCUCUAAUCAGUAUUCCAUCCAUGAUAAAGGAGAUGAAAUGUCUCCAAAUUCUCAAGUUAGCCCACUGUUAUGAUUUGGAGUUUGUUUCACCCGACAUAUCACAGCUUGCUGGUUUGGAAGAGCUUGACAUGUGGAAGACGUUGUUUGCAUUUUCAUUGGAAUUCGAAACAGCUGAAGAAUUAAAGAAAGCUUCUCUGCAACAUGUAUGCAAACUUCAUCGUCUCAAGCGUCUGCGUCUAACCCUAAAAUCCCCAAUUAAGGAGAGAACAGUAGGGAAUCUAGUGGAGCUUCAAGAACUUUGGCUACUUUGGAUGCCCCAAGUUCGUCAAACAAAUCUACCCACUGACAUGCGGGCCAUGCACAACUUGGAGAGGCUCCACCUGUAUGACUGCCAUAUUGAUGAAACUCAUAAUUUAUUCUCAGAAUUACAAAGCCUCAACUACUUAAAGCUCAAAUCUUCUCAAUUACUGCUCACUAUUUCCGGAUUAGGUUUGGGCGGGUUAUCCAAUCUGAAGGAAAUAGAGAUUGAGGAAUGCCUUCUGCUCAAGGAGUUGGGAAAAGAAUUUGGGAGGAAAGACUGCUUUACAAGGCUGCGCAAGCUCAAACUGUGGAUGUUACCAUCUCUGGAGAGUCUGUUUAGUUCUGUCGAAGAGGGGGCUCUCCCCAUGUUGCAGAUUUUGGCUAUAUUCCAUUGCAUGAAGGUUAAAGUACUGCCAUGGGGACUUGAUAAUCUCAAGUCUCUGGAACAGAUCAGAGGAGAUAAGGAAUGGUGGAAUGAAAUUAGCUGGGAAGAUGAAGAGAUGAAGAACCAUCUUCGUGCUAAGUACAUGGAAAUCCUGGAAAUCAAUGAUAAUUAUCAUGUUUAACCCACAGUUUUGCUGGAGCUUGUAAUGACAGCAUCGUGCUGUACAAGGAUUGCUAUAAACUAUUAAGUGUGUGGAAUUUUUAAAUUUCGCAAAUCUAAUUUAUCAAUUAUUGUUAACUGAUGCACAAGUCCGAGUCUCACCACAUGCAAAUCGCCAUGUUGCUGCCAUGCAAAUUGUUUUUCACUGUCAUGCAUAGUAUCUCAUGAUCAGACGGGUAGUUUUAAAUAAAGUUUGUAUUAAUUUAA